GCGGCUAACUAUAAAUAACUAUAAACGUAAUCAAUGUUUUAAAAAAACCCCGAAAUGGUGAAAACACCAUCGAGGCCGGGUAGAAAAUGAAAAAAAAAAAACGCGCUAAAAGCAUGAAAAACGGAGAAAACCCAGCAGGAAAUCCCGCCCCUUCCGGCUCCGGCUUGGCCAAUCGCUGCUGAAGGAGCGCUGUCGCUGUAUUUAAAUAUCCUGGAAGGGGGAGGGGAGCUGUAGUCGCCAGUUAGGAGCUUCGGCGUCGUGCCCUACUGAACACCACACCAUGGGCAGCCCUGAGGAGAGAGAAUGGGUUGAUGUCGCCAAUGAUCUUCUUAUGAAAUGUCAUAUAAAUCUGCAUGUGACGAAGCUCACAGAAUGUUGUGCUAAUGUAUUUGUUGGUCUUUAUGAGUCGAUCUUGGGAGAAAAAGUACCAGAUUUCAUAGCCUCUCCCAGAAGCCAAGAGGAUGAUGCACAUAAUGUGCAAGCAGUAAUAGAUUCUCUGGCAUUGGACUACUUGCAGGUCAGCUUGUCUCACAUCACUGGAGAGAACAUUGUGAAAGGAGAGAGAGAAUCUAUCCGAAAUCUGUUAGAAAUAUUUGAUGGCCUGCUCGAAUAUCUUACAGAACAAAUCAGUGAAACUUCUUCUCAGAAUGGGGAUGAACCUGACCAGCUAGCUAACAAUGAAAUUCAAAGUGCGCUUCAAGAGCAGCUGGAAGGUGACCUUGAGGAACCUGUGCCACCUCUGAAACUCCCAUCAGUUGCGGAGUCUUCCCAGUCAGAUAUUUUUGUCCCAUCUUGGGAGGUAGAAGGAUCAGAAUCUACUAGUGAAUUAAUCAGGCUUGGGGACACUGCUCAUUCAUUUUCUCUAAGAAAGGAAGAGUUCCAGCUCCCUGAAUUGUUGCCAGCAGAGAGAGAGAGGUCUAAGGAGAUCAAGGAACCUGAAGACGCUGAGGCUACUGUGGCAUCUUGUCAACUUGUGACAUCAUCUAGUCAGCUUUCCAGCUUCAGAAGAGCACUUGUAAAAGAGAGGGAAGGAUCAAUGGAUUCUGUUAAUUCCACUGAAUUUCUCAAAGAGAAUUUGAGUUCCAGUGCUAAGAAGCUUGGGGAGCCCAUACGCCCAGCUAUUCCUUUGCAACCACCAUAUCAGCCUCCUGAACCCAGGCCUCAUUAUUCAACGGGAAGGGAAUACCAAAGCUCAGCCAGACAGUCCCUAGGUUUCGCUAAUAGUCAUGGACUUGAAGCUUCUGUUUUUGCAGAACCACUUAGACAGGAGUCAGCUACUUCUGAUAGUGUUCCUCUGUCGAGACUCACCCCUGUUUUUCCAGUCGGAGAUAAAGUGGUGUCAAAAGAUGAGCUAAAUGGCACAAAUGAUGUGGCCAAGGCUCUUGAUGUGGCUGCCUCACAUACAUCAACUACCUGCUUACACCAAGACAUCUCACCAGGCACUGACGAGGUAAUAUCAGUAGCACGAAUCACAAAACCUGAAACAAGAAGUCCGCCUAGUGAAAAAAGCAGAUAUGAAAAUUUUAUCACAGAUUCAUUUGGAGAGGAGCCCUUUUCCUGCAGAAAGGCAAAGGAUAAGUUAUCUGAGCAAGAGCUGCAUGAAAUGUCAGAAAAACUCUCUCACAGGUUAAAUGAACUAGAUUUAAUGUUAAAGAGAGCUUUGGGGGAGCAACCCAGGGAAGAGAUGUUGACAGAUGAAGAUAAGCUGUCUCAGCACAGUGACAGUGUCAUGGAUUAUCGGGGAAGGAAACCUCACCCAGCUACCCCACAUCCAAAAAGACUUCUUAGCAGACCACGGUCCCUUUCUCCAUCUCCACCCUCAUCCAGGUAUCUACUUCACUCUGAGUUUGAAGAUGCACUUCAGAGAGAUGCCAGAGGCCAGAUGGGGAGAAUGCGCAGGCAAUUGCAAAAGGAAAUGGACCAGAGAAGAAUAAAAGCAAAGAUGAUGACUAAAGCCUAUGAAGAGGAAUUAAGAAUUUUUGAAGCUAGAGAGAAACUGGGCCUCUCCAAGCUAAGAGCAAAAGCCAGGGAAACGGAACAAGAAUACCAAGAAAACAUCUUUAAAGAACCUCCAAAAAUGCCUCUGCCAGUGAAAGUUUAUUCUAGAAAAACUACACCUCGGAUUCCCAAACAGAGCCAGUGGAUUCCAAGAGGAGGGUUUGCAAAGCCAAAGAAAGCAACUCCGAUGAAAGUAAAGGACAAUGACCUCCUCCCUCUGCUACUGGAAGAGUUUCCAUACCUGCAUAUUUCCCAACACUCUAUGAACAAAAUGUGGCAACAGCAGCUUGCACAGAUGGAACAACUGAAGUCUGCUUCUGGCAAAGACAGAUCAAGACUGAAACUCCAAAGUGAAGUAGAAGAAGCACUGAAGAAGCAUGACCUCCUUGUUGACAUCAUAAAGAAAGAUCAAGACCAUCACAAGAGACUGCAAGAGUUUAAGCAACGCAUAUAUCGGCAGAAGUUUGCUAAGAAUAAAAUGAGAGAGAAACGUCAGCAAAUUGCUCGAGCCAAAAAGUACUAUGAAGAUUACCGCGUUCAGCUGCGUGCCAAAAUGAUGCGGGCUAGGACACGGGAAGAAAGGAUAUUUAAGAAUCUAUUUGAAGAAGGCUUAGAAAUUCAGAAGCAAAGGCUGCAGGAGCUGAGAACAUAUAGUAAAGAAAAGCGUGCUGAGCAAAGAAGAGUACACCAGAAUGAACUGGAGUCCAUGGAGAACUACUACAAGGAUCAGUUUUCAAUGCUGGCAGAAGCUGUAUCACAAGAACGUCAAGAAAUCCAAGCCAGAGAGAAAGCACAAGCAAAAACACUGCACAAAACAAAAAGGGAGUUAAGAUCAAAGAUGGAAAAGGAAAUACAGCAGCUGCAGACACUGAUAACUCAAAAUGACGAUGACUCCUUCUUCCAAGAGCUGGAAGCAGAACGACUGAAAUCCAGACUUCAAAUGGCUUCUUUUCAGUAUAGCAAAAGCUAUUUCUUGAAUUCUGUUCAGAGUAGCUAAAGCCAGCAGGAAAGUCACCUCUUCACUGAUAAAGAGAGAAAUUCUCCUUUGAGACAUGUUGAUACUCAAGUGGCUACUGUUAAAAGCCACAGAGGGAGCUGGGAGAAACAAAGUAAAGUGGAACCUCAGCAUUAUGAAGUCACCAAUCAACCAACCGCACACCUCAUUUAGAACCAGAGGUAUGCAAUCAGGCAGCAGCUGAGAUUAAAAAAAAGCGCAAAUACAGUAUUGCACUGUGUUAAACCUAAACUACUAAAAAAAGGAAAAGCACCGUU